UUGAUGCUGUUAGAAAUCUGAGACACAAGGGAGGACGAGCCGUGAACACUGGAGUUGCUCUCCAGUUUAUUAGAGACAACAUCUUGACCGCUCCUUCUGGCAGCAGGCGCCUGGAGGGUGUUCCUCAGAUUUUGAUUCUCUUGAGCGGCGCAAAGUCCACUGACAAUGUAGAUGCACCCGCUGCUGCUCUGAAAGAGCUUGGGAUCUUGACUUUUGGAAUUGGAAGCAGGAAUGCGGAUAGCCAAGAAAUGCAGAAAAUAUCCUAUGAACCUAGAUAUGCUCAGUCUGUCUCAGACUUCAACGAGCUCCCAAGGAUGCAAGAACAGCUUCUGUCUUCUGUAGAUGCGGUUGUAACUAGUGCAUCAACAGAAGGACCAACAGUCAUAGUGGACCGUGGCGUUACAGGAAAGGAUGUUGUCUUCCUGCUGGAUGGUUCUGAUGGCACUAGAAAUGGAUUCCCAGCAAUGCGAGACUUUGUUCAAAGAGUUGUGGAUAAACUGAAGCUGGAGGAAAAGCAAGACAGAGUCUCAGUGGUGCAAUAUAGCGGAGACCCUACAGCUCAUUUCUAUUUGAACACAUACCAAAGGAAAGGAGAUAUCCUUGAUGCUGUUAGAAAUCUGAGACACAAGGGAGGACGAGCCGUGAACACUGGAGCGGCUCUCCAGUUUAUUAGAGACAACAUCUUGACCGCUCCUUCUGGCAGCAGGCGCCUGGAGGGUGUUCCUCAGAUUUUGAUUCUCUUGAGCGGCGCAAAGUCCACUGACAAUGUAGAUGCACCCGGUGCUGCUCUGAAAGAGCUUGGGGUCUUGACUUUUGGAAUUGGAAGCAGGAACGCGGAUAGCCGAGAACUGCAGAAAAUAUCCUAUGAACCUAGAUAUGCUCAGUCUGUCUCAGACUUCAACGAGCUCCCAAGGAUGCAAGAACAGCUUCUGUCUUCUGUAGAUGCGGUUGUAACUAGUGUAUCAACAGAAGGACCAACAGUCAUAGUGGACCGUGGCAUUACAGGAAAGGAUGUUGUCUUGCUGCUGGAUGGUUCUGAUGGCACUAGAAAUGGAUUCCCAGCAAUGCGAGACUUUGUUCAAAGAGUAGUGGAUAAACUGAAGCUGGAGGAAAAGCAAGACAGAGUCUCAGUGGUGCAAUAUAGCGGAGACCCUACAGCUCAUUUCUAUUUGAACACAUACCAAAGGAAAGGAGAUAUCCUUGAUGCUGUUAGAAAUCUGAGACACAAGGGAGGACGAGCCGUGAACACUGGAGCGGCUCUGCAGUUUAUUAGAGACAACAUCUUGACCGCUCCUUCUGGCAGCAGGCGCCUGGAGGGUGUUCCUCAGAUUUUGAUUCUGUUGAGCGGCGCAAAGUCCACUGACAAUGUAGAUGCACCCGCUGCUGCUCUGAAAGAGCUUGGGGUCUUGACUUUUGGAAUUGGAAGCAGGAAUGCGGAUAGCCAAGAAAUGCAGAAAAUAUCCUAUGAACCUAGAUAUGCUCAGUCUGUCUCAGACUUCAACGAGCUCCCAAGGAUGCAAGAACAGCUUCUGUCUUCUGUAGAUGCGGUUGUAACUAGUGCAUCAACAGAAGGACCAACAGUCAUAGUGGACCGUGGCAUUACAGGAAAGGAUGUUGUCUUGCUGCUGGAUGGUUCUGAUGGCACUAGAAAUGGAUUCCCAGCAAUGCGAGACUUUGUUCAAAGAGUAGUGUAUAAACUGAAGCUGGAGGAAAAGCAAGACAGAGUCUCAGUGGUGCAAUAUAGCGGAGACCCUACAGCUCAUUUCUAUUUGAACACAUACCAAAGGAAAGGAGAUAUCCUUGAUGCUGUUAGAAAUCUGAGACACAAGGGAGGACGAGCCGUGAACACUGGAGCGGCUCUGCAGUUUAUUAGAGACAACAUCUUGACCGCUCCUUCUGGCAGCAGGCUCCUGGAGGGUGUUCCUCAGAUUUUGAUUCUGUUGAGCGGCGCAAAGUCCACUGACAAUGUAGAUGCACCCGCUGCUGCUCUGAAAGAGCUUGGGGUCUUGACUUUUGGAAUUGGAAGCAGGAACGCGGAUAGCCGAGAACUGCAGAAAAUAUCCUAUGAACCUAGAUAUGCUCAGUCUGUCUCAGACUUCAAAGAGCUCCCAAGGAUGCAAGAACAGCUUCUGUCUUCUGUAGAUGCGGUUGUAACUAGUGUAUCAACAGAAGGACCAACAGUCAUAGUGGACCGUGGCGUUACAGGAAAGGAUGUUGUCUUCCUGCUGGAUGGUUCUAAUGGCACUAGAAAUGGAUUCCCAGCAAUGCGAGACUUUGUUCAAAGAGUAGUGGAUAAACUGAAGCUGGAGGAAAAGCAAGACAGAGUCUCAGUGGUGCAAUAUAGUGGAGACCCUACAGCUCAUUUCUAUUUGAACACAUACCAAAGGAAAGGAGAUAUCCUUGACGCUGUUAGAAAUCUGAGACACAAGGGAGGACGAGCCGUGAACACUGGAGCGGCUCUCCAGUUUAUUAGAGACAACAUCUUGACCGCUCCUUCUGGCAGCAGGCGCCUGGAGGGUGUUCCUCAGAUUUUGAUUCUGUUGAGCGGCGCAAAGUCCACUGACAAUGUAGAUGCACCCGCUGCUGCUCUGAAAGAGCUUGGGGUCUUGACUUUUGGAAUUGGAAGCAGGAAUGCGGAUAGCCGAGAACUGCAGAAAAUAUCCUAUGAACCUAGAUAUGCUCAGUCUGUCUCAGACUUCAACGAGCUCCCAAGGAUGCAAGAACAGCUUCUGUCUUCUGUAGAUGCAGUUGUAACUAGCGUAUCAACAGAAGGACCAACAGUCAUAGUGGACCGUGGCGUUACAGGAAAGGAUGUUGUCUUCCUGCUGGAUGGUUCUGAUGGCACUAGAAAUGGAUUCCCAGCAAUGCGAGACUUUGUUCAAAGAGUAGUGGAUAAACUGAAGCUGGAGGAAAAGCAAGACAGAGUCUCAGUGGUGCAAUAUAGCGGAGACCCUACAGCUCAUUUCUAUUUGAACACAUACCAAAGGAAAGGAGAUAUCCUUGAUGCUGUUAGAAAUCUGAGACACAAGGGAGGACGAGCCGUGAACACUGGAGCGGCUCUCCAGUUUAUUAGAGACAACAUCUUGACCGCUCCUUCUGGCAGCAGGCGCCUGGAGGGUGUUCCUCAGAUUUUGAUUCUGUUGAGCGGCGCAAAGUCCACUGACAAUGUAGAUGCACCCGCUGCUGCUCUGAAAGAGCUUGGGGUCUUGACUUUUGGAAUUGGAAGCAGGAACGCGGAUAGCCGAGAACUGCAGAAAAUUUCCUAUGAACCUAGAUAUGCUCAGUCUGUCUCAGACUUCAACGAGCUCCCAAGGAUGCAAGAACAGCUUCUGUCUUCUGUAGAUGCGGUUGUAACUAGCGUAUCAACAGAAGGACCAACAGUCAUAGUGGACCGUGUCGUUACAGGAAAGGAUGUUGUCUUCCUGCUGGAUGGUUCUGAUGGCACUAGAAAUGGAUUCCCAGCAAUGCGAGACUUUGUUCAAAGAGUAGUGGACAAACUGAAGCUGGAGGAAAAGCAAGACAGAGUCUCAGUGGUGCAAUAUAGCGGAGACCCUACAGCUCAUUUCUAUUUGAACACAUACCAAAGGAAAGGAGAUAUCCUUGAUGCUGUUAGAAAUCUGAGACACAAGGGAGGACGAGCCGUGAACACUGGAGCGGCUCUCCAGUUUAUUAGAGACAACAUCUUGACCGCUCCUUCUGGCAGCAGGCGCCUGGAGGGUGUUCCUCAGAUUUUGAUUCUGUUGAGCGGCGCAAAGUCCACUGACAAUGUAGAUGCACCCGCUGCUGCUCUGAAAGAGCUUGGGGUCUUGACUUUUGGAAUUGGAAGCAGGAACGCGGAUAGCCGAGAACUGCAGAAAAUAUCCUAUGAACCUAGAUAUGCUCAGUCUGUCGCAGACUUCAACGAGCUCCCAAGGAUGCAAGAACAGCUUCUGUCUUCUGUAGAUGCGGUUGUAACUAGCGUAUCAACAGAAGGACCAACAGUCAUAGUGGAACGUGGCGUUACAGGAAAGGAUGUUGUCUUCUUGCUGGAUGUUUCUGAUGGCACUAGAAAUGGAUUCCCAGCAAUGCGAAACUUUGUUCAAAGAGUAGUGGAUAAACUGAAGCUGGAGGAAAAGCAAGACAGAGUCUCAGUGGUGCAAUAUAGCAGAGACCCUACAGCUCAUUUCUAUUUGAACACAUACCAAAGGAAAGGAGAUAUCCUUGAUGCUGUUAGAAAUCUGAGACACAAGGGAGGACGAGCAGUGAACACUGGAGCGGCUCUCCAGUUUAUUAGAGACAACAUCUUGACCGCUCCUUCUGGCAGCAGGCGCCUGGAGGGUGUUCCUCAGAUUUUGAUUCUGUUGAGCGGCGCAAAGUCCACUGACAAUGUAGAUGCACCCGCUGCUGCUCUGAAAGAGCUUGGGGUCUUGACUUUUGGAAUUGGAACAAGGAACUCGGAUAGUAGAGAACUGCAGAAGAUAUUGUUUGACACCAGAUUUUCUCAGUUUGUGUCAGACUUCGACCAGCUCCCAAGGAUUCAAGAGCAGUUCUUGUCUACUGUCGAUGCAGUAGUAACUAGUGCUUUAAUAGAAGGACCAACAGUUAUAGCAGAGUCCCAAGGUCCCAAGAAAGACGUGGUCUUCGUGAUCGAUGGUUCAGAUGAAGUGAAUCGGGACUUCAGAUUCCUACAGGAAUUUAUGAGACGGACAGUGGAGAAUCUCAAUGUUGGAGAAAAUCGGAUUAGGGUUGGGGUUGUGCAAUAUAGUGACACUGCUAAUGCGGACCUGUAUCUCAAUUCCCAUACAACCAAGGAAGGAGUCCUGAAUGCCAUCAAGAGACUGAAGCACAAAGGCGGAAGGCAGCGGAAUUUGGGAAGGGCCUUUGAUUUUGUGAAUCGUGAGGUCUUGGUACCUGAUCGUGGUGGCAGGAGAGAAGAAGGAGUACCUCAAUAUUUGAUUGUUAUCUCCGCCGGGAAGUCCACGGAUGACCUGAGAGCCCAAGCCACUAGUUUAAAGCGAUCAGGGGUGGUGCCUUUCAGUAUUGGAACUAGAGGCGUGGACAUCCAGGAAAUGCAAGCGAUUUCAUAUGUUCCACAAUUUGCAUAUUCAGUGCCUAAUUUCCCAGAACUCUACACAAUCCAGCAGAGCCUCAUCACCUCCCUGACAGAGCUUUCAAGUGAAGAGAUCCUUCGCUUACCUCAUGUGACCCCUACUGUGUCAGUAUCAGGAGACAAAAAGGAUGUGGUCUUCUUGGUUGAUGGUUCAUCAGCUGUGCGCAGUGACUUUUCCAACAUUCUAGAUAUGGUUUCAAGAGUCGUAAGGCAGUUAGACAUUGGCUUGGACAAGGUGAGGGUCUCAGUCAUUCAAUACAGUGAUGACACCAAAGUCGAGUUUCUCCUGAAUGAACAUUCAACAAAGCAAGAAGUCCUGGCUGCCAUCAGCAGAAUCAGGAAUAAAGGAGGAUACACACUGAAUACGGGUCAUGCUUUGAACUGGGUAUCAAGAAACAUUUACCAGAGGUCUUCUGGCAGCAGGAUUGAAGAAAAAGUCCCUCAGUUCCUGAUUCUUGUAACAGGGGGCAAAUCUACAGAUGAUGUCUCUGGUCCAGCCAACCAGUUGAAAAGGAGUCGAGUUAUUCCUUUAGCUAUUGGUGCGAAAACUGCCAGUGCAGAAGAUCUGAAACAAAUUUCUGCAAAACCUGAAUUUACGUACAUGUUCAGAGAUUUCCAGCAGGUAUCAGGUAUUGAACAGCAGCUAUUGCCACUCAUCAGGAGCAUCACCACGCCUGAUAUCAUCAUUGAUCCUGUGGAAGAAAAUGUUCAUCUUGGAAAAAGGGACAUUAUUUUCCUUGUGGACGGAUCAGAUAAUGUUGGUGCCACAGGACUUGUACACAUACGAGAUUUUAUACUAAAAUUGGUCCAGAAUAUGGAUAUCCAGCCCAAUGAGGUCCGUGUAGCUGUUGUGCAGUACAGUGACAAACAGAAGACAGAAUUUUCACUGAAUACACACCACAACAAAGAUGCAGUGAUAGCCGCCAUCAAACGACUCCGCCAACUUGGAGGCCGAUCAGGCUACUUAGCAGAAGCUAUCGAAUAUGUGCUCCGGAAUGAACUCAAGGAAUCUGCUGGGCUAAGGUUUCCUGAGGCUUCCCAGCACCUGGUGGUUCUCACGGGUGGAAGGUCACCAUCUGAUGUCUCUCAUCACGGGCAGCAGCUCAGGACUGCUGAUGUGAACUGCAUAGGGAUCGGCAGCAGCGGUGCUGACCGGAGACAAUUAGGUGACAUCGCCAAAAAUCCAAGCAGUGUUUUCCAACUGGACUCCUUCUCAAAAUUACCUAACCUCCAGAGAAACGUCAUUGAUCUACUCAACAUGACCUAUUUAAGGGAGACUCCGACUGACCUUGAUGUAACAGAUGAACUAGCACCGAAGACUGCUGACAUCGUAUUUUUAGUUGAUGGAUCAAUUAAUGUGGGCCGGGCCAAUUUCAAAGAAGUCUUGGAGUUCAUCUGGAACCUCAUUGAUCUUUUUUAUACGGAAAGAGAUGACCUACGUUUUGGUUUGGCGCAUUACAACACCGAUGUGACAGAUGUAUUUUUCCUCAACACCUAUAAAGACAAAGACGCCAUCUAUGAUGCUAUCCAGAAUGCCGAAUUCAAAGGAGGCCACAGGAUCAACACCGGCGCCGCCAUUACGCAUGUGAAGGAUCAUCACUUCAUUAAGGCGAAAGGGAGCAGGAAGGAUCAGGGUGUUCCUCAGAUUCUGAUGAUUGUGACAGGCGGCAGGUCCCAUGACGAUGGCAAGUCUGCUGCCUUGGCGCUCAAAGCAUCUGAUGUAAAAAUAUACGCGAUUGGGGUGGGCAAUAUUGAAGAUGAGCUCAACAACCUUGGGAGUGGGAGCACCAUGGUCUCCAGAGCCAGUACCUUCCAAGGACUUUCUGAGCUGAAUGAAGAGAUCCUGGAGACGCUGCAUGAUUCCCUGAAAGGCGUUAAACUAUGCAUCACUGGUACACAGGAAAUCACAAGGGAAUGCAACCUGGAGGUCCUGGUGGGCUUUGAUGUCUCUGCACAGAACAUUUUUGCUGCUCAGAGAUCUCUAGAAUCCAAGAUGGACGCCAUUCUUCACACCGUUACACAGAUGCAAGGCAUCAGCUGCUCCUCAGGAACCGCCCCCUCCGUCUCAGUGGGAAUUCUAGCUUUGGACUCUGCCUCUGAACCAGUACAGUUUGAUUUCACAGAUAACCCCUCUCAACUUUUGGAGUCCUUCAAGACCCUGCGCUCCCGGGGGCCGUACAUUCUCAAUGCCAAGACCAUUGAUGCUUACAGCUCCAUGUUCCGAAAUCGACCCUCAGAUACUGUCAAGGUUAUAUUUCACCUAACAGAUGGUCUGGAUGGACAGCUGCAGCAGAUGAAGGAACGCUUGGAAGCCCUACGACAUUCAGGUGUGAAGAGCUUCACCCUCGUGGGUCUCGAGACCAUUCCUCGGCUGGAAGAUGCUGCACUCUUAGACUUUGGAUUUGGUCGUGGUUUCAGAUACAAAGGGCCUCUUCGUGUUAACUCACAUUAUUUGGAAUACGAGCUUAGGGAGGAACUGGACAACAUAGCUGAACGAGAAUGCUGUUCUGUGCCCUGUAAGUGCACUGGACAAAGAGGCGAACGAGGAAGAGUAGGUCCAUUGGGAUCCAAGGGCAGUCCAGGAGGCAUGGGCUACAGAGGACAUCCGGGUGAUGAAGGAGGACCGGGUGACAGGGGACCUCCUGGUGUGAAUGGUACCCAAGGUUUCCAAGGUUGUCCAGGGCCAAGGGGUACUAAGGGUUCUCGUGGUUACUCUGGGGAGAAGGGUGAAUUUGGUGAAGCUGGUUUGGAUGGAAUUAUUGGGGAGGAGGGAAAACGCGGAGUACCAGGUCCUCCAGGCGAGCGGGGCGGUCCUGGGAGUAGGGGUCCUAAAGGAAACAAAGGACAAGCAGGAGACAUUGGCGCAGCUGGAAUCCGUGGAGACCCAGGUCUUCCUGGGGUAGAUAAUACUCAGAGAGGACUCAAGGGAGAUGCAGGAGAUGUGGGACCAGUGGGAGAUCCAGGGCCAGAUGGUGUAAAAGGCCCCCCUGGUGAAGACGGCAGAAGGGGUUCCAAUGGACGGCGUGGCUCCCCGGGACAACCUGGAGCAGCCGGACAGCCAGGGACAAAUGGAGAUCCCGGAGAGCCUGGAGUAGGGGGCUCUCAGGGUGCACCUGGACCCAUCGGAGCCCCAGGAAUGCGUGGAGAGGAUGGGAAUCCCGGGCCUAGGGGUCCAGGAGGUGCACAAGGACUCUCCGGGGAUAAGGGCAGAAGGGGCGCCACAGGCCGCAAGGGUGAGCCAGGAGAGCCAGGACCCCAAGGAGACCGUGGAGCGUCAGGUCCGCUAGGAGAGUCGGGAGAAGAUGGACGAGAUGGGUUUGGAAUUCUUGGUCCGAAAGGAAGAAAGGGUGAUGAUGGCUUCCCUGGAUUCCCGGGACAAAAGGGCUCAGCAGGAGACCCAGGGUCUAAAGGCGGCCCAGGACCCAAAGGAAACCGUGGACAGCGGGGAAUUGCGGGGAAUGCUGGACCACCAGGUCAGAAGGGAGACUUUGGAAAUCCUGGACCUUCUGGGUCGAAAGGUAUACGAGGACCUGGUGUGGUGCAAUGUGACCUGGUCAAGAAAAUCAGAGAUAACUGUCCCUGCUGCUAUGGGGCUGAGGAAUGCCCCCGUUACCCCACGGAGUUAGCGUUUGCCCUGGAUGCCUCCAACGGCGUGAGCAGCACCGCUUUCAGCAACAUGCGGCAGGCAAUGCUUGGGCUGGUGAGGAACAUCACCAUUGCCGAAAGCAGCUGCCCCCGGGGGGCACGGGUGGCUGUGAUACUCUACAACAGCGACGUGUACACAGAGGUGCGCUUCGCCGAUGCACUGAAGAAGAAGAGCCUCAUCGAGCUCCUGGAGGGGCUGCAGGCACCGCUGACCAGCAAGCAUCGUAGCCUUGAUUUUGUCAUGACCUUCUUGGCUCGUAACACCUACAAGCGCAUACGCAGCGGCUUCCUUCUGCGCAAAGUGGCUGUCUUCUUCGUCAAUGGCGUCACACGGGCCUCUCCUGCCCUGAAUGCUGCCGUGCUCCGCCUCUACGAUGCUGGGAUCUCGCCACUGUUUCUCACCAACCGCGAUGACCGCGCCCUGUCCCAGGCCCUGCAGAUCAACAACACAGCAGUGGGACAGGUCAUAGUCCUACCCCAACCUGGAAGUGCCCAGUACAACUCAGCAAUAAACAAGAUCAUAAAAUGUCACAUCUGUCUAGACUUCUGUGCACCCGAGCAGAUUUGUGAUUACAUCCCCCCACAACCAAGCAGAGACAGGAGGUCGUCCACCAACGACGUUGACAUUGACAUUGCCUUCAUAAUGGAUAGCUCUCAGAGCACGUGGCCCGUUGUGUUCACUGAGUUGAAGCACUACAUCUCCCACAUCAUUGACCAGCUACAGAUCACUUCGAACCCCAAGGGCUCAAUCCACCAUGCUCGUGUAGCUGUGGUGCAGCACAGCCCAUACGAGUUCAAGCCCAAUGGAAGCGUCGCACCUGUGCAGGUGGACAUCGGUCUGACUGACCAUAGCUCCAAAGAGGACCUCAAGCACUUCCUGCACACUAAGGUGCUGCAGCUGGAAGGCAUGCGUGCCUUGGGCAGUGCGAUGGAGUACACAAUCGAGCACAUCUUUGAGAAGGUGCCACACCCACGUGACCUGAAGGCUAUCGUGCUCAUGGUGACCGGCCCCAUAAGUGCCCAGGAAGAACAGAGAUUGGUGCACAUUGCCACAGAGGCCAAGUGCAAAGGCUUCAUCAUGGUUGUCCUAGGUGUGGGUGAACAGUUGAGAGCAGACGAUUUCCGAAUCCUGAGCCGAUUGGCCAGUGAGCCGACCAGCGUCUUUUUUAAGCGAAUCGAAAGUUCCCCACACUUUAAUGACGAGUACAUCCAACGCUUCGGCCGUCUGCUUCCCAAAUACCUCACCACUGACAAUGCCGUACAUCUGUCUCUGGAAGUUGCCAAGAACUGCAAAUGGUUCCAGGGUGACCAGUCUACCAAAACGGCCAUCUUACAAAAUCAGGAGCAAGUUCCCAUGAAUGACCAGCUGCAGCAUGAAAUCCAGGCUGAUCAGUCAAGGAGGCCAAAAGAAUGGCCAGCAGAAGAGCUGCACGUGGGAAAUGUUACCUCCAGCAGUCUGGUGCUUCGAUGGACAGGUCCUCAUGCUGAUAAGGAGGGCGAAUUCCACGUCAUCGUGACCCGCUUGCUGGACCACACCCUGGUGCUAAGGGAGAACAUCACCGGCACAGAACUCCUGCUAACUGGCCUGGAAAGCUCUCAGAAAUACCACGUAGUGGUUACCACCAACACUCAUGGCCAAGAUGGGGCAGUCUACAAGGGCAUUGUCAGCACCAAAGCAGCACAGAACAAUGUGGCCGGGCCAGUGGGGAUAAAAGUUGAUUCACCCACAACUCCUUUGGAACAGCCAGAGAUCGCUCCAGUGCAGCAACUCGGAGACAGUCAGACGGAGCAGCUGCCCAUGCCAGCGAACAGCAUUUGCCAGCUUCCCAAGGAGGAGGGCACCUGCGCCACGUUCAUCCUUCAGUGGCACUUUGACUUCCCCAGUAGGAGCUGUGCUCGCUUCUGGUACGGAGGCUGUGGAGGAAACCAGAACCGCUUCGAGACCCAGGAAGAGUGCGAAAAGGCCUGUGGGACAGCAGCGCCUUUCAAUCAAGGACUGGGAGAAGCUGUAAGAACAUAGGGAAGAGAGACAUGAACAAUCAGGUUUUACCUCUGCAAAAAGUCCAGUAAAAAAGGUGCAGCAAAGCGAUGUUGGUGGCACUGAGACGCUCUGAGAUCUGUCAUCGUAUCGUCACACUAAGCAAAGAAAAUCAACAACCUGAUGCAUAGUUAUCAAACUGGUGCUAUCUUUUUUUUUUUUUUAAUUUUGCAGUGGAUGUAUUAAAUUUACCUGGUGUGUAUUGUGAAGUGUAUUGAAUUUUAUAAAAUAGUUUGGAAAUAAUUUUAUACAGUUUUUCCCACAAUUAGUCGUACGAAAAUAACCAAAAGUAACUACAGACUUACAGAUGACAUCCUGUUUGGUUCAGGUUUAUUUCACCGAACACUCUUUCUGGGUCACCCAAUGCUUUAACAUAAUUAUCCACACUGAUAUACAUUUUAAGCUAGUUUACAUAUCUCCAUGUGUUAAAAAAAAAAAGACGACAGCCAUUUUGUUCAAACACAGUGGGCAAACUUCAUAUUUUAAGUGCACUUCAAAACACACAGUCCUGUUCAUACAAGACGGAAUGUACUUGUCAAAACUGUUGAUUUUUUUGUUUGUUUUAUUACUUUGUUUCAGACUGAGGUGAGGAAAUAAAAAUGCUUUCUAUUAA